GACGUAAUCUGGGAACAGCUGACCGCGCUAAAAAAGUAUUUUGUUGACAUCUUUCGAUUUUGAUCCAAAAUGUGUUGACGAGUUGAAAAACCGCUGCCGAGGCAAAAUUAUUAUCAAAAGUGAACAGUGUAAAAAAAUACCGCCCGUCUAAUGAAAAUGUCUACGAGCAAAUUGGAUGCAGUGUACCGGAGUAUACUUCUAACCAAAUUUUUCACUAAAGGUUGGGGUAAACCCGAAAAUUUGCGCAGGUUAUUUGAGUUUAGGAAAGUGGUGUCCAACCGUGAUGAGUGCUACAAACUAGUGGAACGAGACUACCCCGUCACCAUUACAAAGGAGCAAACAUUGACCGAUUGUAAACUUUUAGAAGGAUAUUUCACGUCUCCACUAGAACGGUACUUGCCAGGUAUAGUUCCGGAGAUCGCACAAAAAGCACAAUUCCAGGUGUUAAUGCCAGUGCACUGGCCUGAACCGGGAGUCAAACCUAUGUGCCUGCACUUAGCUGGAACUGGUGACCAUUUUUUCUGGCGUCGACGGAACCUGAUGGUGAAACCUCUACUAAAAGAGGCGGGCAUCGGCGGUAUAAUUCUCGAAAACCCUUUCUAUGGACUCCGGAAACCCACCGACCAAGUUCGGUCGUCACUGCACAACGUAUCUGACAUCUUCGUGAUGGGCGGGUGUCUGAUCCUGGAGUCGCUGGUGCUGUUCCACUGGUGCGAGCGCAACGGACUUGGCCCGCUUGGCGUCACCGGCCUGUCUAUGGGCGGCCACAUGGCGUCACUGGCUGCCACCAACUGGCCCAAGCCGCUGGUGCUCGUGCCGUGUCUAUCGUGGUCCACGGCUUCCGCGGUCUUCUUGCAGGGUGUAAUGUCGCAUUCGAUAAACUGGGACUUGCUAGAGGACCAGUACUUGUCGGACGGCGAGUACCGCGAGAAACUGUCCAAAAUGGUCACCAUCGUCGACGAAGCGUUCCUUGCUGGGAAGAAAUUCGCGCGCACAUAUUCACAAACCGUAGAAAAAGUUGACACCAUCAAAAAAGAAGAACUUCCAAAAGUUGACCAACCAAAAAUACCUGCUCUAAGGGACGCUCAAAUGUCCGCUUUAAGUAACGCUAAGACUCUAGAUGAGACAGACCACGAAAUAGUAGAUGUCAGUAAAAACGUGUUAGAACUAGGAAAAAUGCCUAAAAAUGUUGUUAAGUCGGAAAUGUUGGAACAAUUAGAAAACUUGAAUAAAGAACUGAGGAAACUGUUGGAAGAGGAUAAAAUUUCUCAAGUUUUGUACGACAAACUGACUUCCAACCAGAAGUUUGAGCUUGAGCCGAAAGAUAUAGAGAACAUUAAUAAAAUAAGCGAAAGCAACUUGAAAGAAUUAUUGUUAAAAUGUAAAAUUGGUAAUGUCAACAAAAGUUCGCUGCCACCAAGCGACUCACGGAGAGAUCCACCGCCACCGGCCGCAUCUGGAACACCUCCGCCUAGCAUUACAGAAGACAAAUCUCCUCCCCAAGAAGAAGAGAAGACUCUUCACCCGAAACCUUUUGAACCCACAUUAACAACGCCAGCAGACAAAUCUGAAACCACUCUAGCUACAGGAAAACCAUCGGAAACAACCGAUUUAGCCACGCCUGCAGAAAAAUCAUCAGAAACCACUGCGCUAGCCAGUCCUGGAGAGAAGAGUAUCAAAGUACAAAAAGAAAGAAAAUCAUGGAAUGUUUCGGACCUGACUUCGGACCUAUGGAUAAACCUGCCUUUCAUGAGAAGCGGGAAGAAGAUAGACAUAAGCAAGAUUCACUGGAGGGACAGAGAAGCGUUACAGUUUAUGCGCGGCAUCAUGGACGAAUGCACGCAUUUAAGCAACUUCUCCGUGCCGUACGAUACUUCGCUGAUAAUAGCGGUAUGCGCGAAGCACGACGCGUACGUGCCGCGGGACGACGUGGGCACGCUGGAGGAGAUCUGGCCUGGCGCCGAAGUGCGCUACGUCGACGCGGGACACGUCACCGCGUACAUCCUGCACCAGUCGCUCUUCAGGUCGUGUAUAAGGGAAGCUUUCGAGCGAUCGAAGAAAAAAUGGAAAGACGGCAAACAUGUCAAGUGACGAAGGCGUAAAUCCAUUGUUCCUGUCAACUAGUUAUAUAUAUACGUAAUCAAGUUUUACUGCAUUUUUUAUCGCUUACACAAUA